AUAUACAACUGGUAGCUGUACCAAGAGACUUUUCCUCAACUCAUCGUUUUUUAGCUGUUGAAAAUAGCCAACACUUGUAAACCAAUCUCUCGGUCUUUGUUCUCGACUGCGUAAGGAACACACCGUGACGAGGAUUUCAGUAAUUCUUACGAUGCCAGUGGAUUGUACGAGUGAAUCCAGAUGGAUUGAGAGGCUGUCAGCUGUUACUUCCAACAAAUCCAUCGAUCAAUCAAAUAAAAAUGGAUAAGACUGCACUAAUUGUUCUCAUUAUCGUCACCUCAUCAGCCAUUAAUUCACAGUACACAGAUGACUCGGACUACGACGAUUUUCCCAUCUCUGAGGACAGGAUCUCCGAGGCUCGGGGUCCUGAUGAUUUUUAUAUUGUUUCUGAGGAUGAGGUGAGAGAAUUGGAGAGGAAAUAUCAGUAUACGAAGCAUCGGAUUCCUGGAUAUGAUUACGACGAGUUGGAUUUUGUCGAGGAGGGGAAGAGGUGUGAUGACAGAUCUCUUUGGACCCACUGCCUCUGUCAGUUCACCUGCACCUCCAAAAAUACUGUUGACUGUUAUACACCUUGCAGAAGUGGGUGUGAGUGCAGAGAGGACUUUGUUCUCGAUGAGGAGAGUGGAACGUGCGUUUAUCCAGAUCAAUGUGUCGACUCGAUUCGAAUUUAAAAGCGAAACAAAAUGAUAUGGCAAAAUCUAUUUUCUAAAAUAUUUAUAAUUUUUCUUAUCUCGGUAAAACUGAAUUUAUUGGGGGAAUUAUGGGGUCUAGAAGGGAAUGACAGAGGAAUUUUUUCUGGAGAAUUUCUCGAGCUACAAAUAUGUUUUUAUGACAUUUUUCGAUAGAAUCGAUAGUCAUCGAGUUAUUAA